AUGGCGCCGAAACAAAAAAUGCGAUUGGCCAACGAAAAACACAGCAAAAACGUGGUAAAUCGUGGAAACGUGCCUAAAACCCUGAAACAAGAAGAUGAAAAGUUACCAGUUGGGCCAUGGUUACUUGGUCUCUUCAUCUUUGUUGUAUGUGGAUCAGCUGUCUUCCAGAUAAUACAAAGCAUACGGAUGUACUGA